UCCAACAUGUUCUCGAAUGUUUCAAACAGUGUCCAGGGUUAUCUUCCGGUCGGUUUAACUGGCGAUGAAGAAGAAGAACCUUGGUAUCAAAUGUCCCGUGUUGAGAGAGUGAUGGCAUUUGCGCUCUGUCUUGCUCUUGGCAUAGCAUGCUUCUUCCUCGCUUUCUUUUUAUUCUUGCCUAUUGUUCCUCUGAGCCCAGGCAAAUUCGCUGCAACGUUCACAUUGGCAAGUAUUCUGAUUCUUGUCAGCAUCGCUAUGCUUCGAGGUCCUAUGGCCCAUUUGAAGCAUAUGCUUACCAUGGAGCGACUACCGUUUACCCUUUCCUACACUGGCACCAUGGCAUUGACAUUGUAUUUCUCGCUGGGUGUACGAAGUUAUGUCCUUACCAUAAUAUUCGCUAUUCUGCAGCUGAUUGCUCUAGUAUGGUAUUUCGGAUCGUACAUCCCUGGAGGCGUUUCUACAUUAAGAUACGGCAGUGCGUAUGUGGGUCGACAAGCAGCUUCGCUUCUCCCAAUUUAA